UGUUUUAUGUCGGUUAUUUUCAUUCAUUUCACAUAAAAAUAACCCCAAGACAAGAAAACAAUGCAGUUAUCCCUAAUAUUGCCUGGAUUCUACGCCCACCACAGGUUUUCGCACUUGAACUGUGCCAUUCCUCGUUCCCCAUCAAAAUUUAAAUGAUACCCCACACCUCAGGAUACGUAUCCUAGAUGCAUGACUAACUGAAAACUAUGACUUUUAAUAGUUCGACUUAUCAUUCCUAAGGUUCUUCAGCGUCGGCAAGAUGGGAGCGUCGGAUUCUACAGAGGCUAUGGUAAUUACCGUCGUGGAUUUGGUAAUCUUGACGGUGAAUUUUGGCUUGGAAACCAGAAUAUGCACCGAAUAACUGAACAAGACGAGUACGAGCUAUUAGUUGAAUUGUGGGAUUUCAAUGAGACUAAAGUGGAUGCGCGUUACGACGGUUUUUACAUUGGUGAUCACCAUACAAAGUUUAGAUUACAACUGGGCAAAUUCAUCGGUGGAGAUGCAGGAGAUUCAUUGACAUAUCAUAGUGGUAUUCCGUUCAGUACCAAGGACCGCGAUAAUGAUAUGCUGGAUUAUCACUGUGCUCUUAACUACGGUGGUGGCUGGUGGUAUCUAGGCUGCCAUUACUCCAACCUUAAUGGGCUCUAUCUGAAUGGUGAAACAGAGCUCUUUGGUAGAGGAGUCGUUUGGUAUGAUUUCCGAGGACAUAACUAUUCACUCAAAAAGACAGAGAUGAAGAUCAGAAUCAAAGAUUAGGAUUGGCUGAUUCAAGAGUUUAUAUGUUAUACAGGGUAAUUAAUUUUCGGGGCUUCCUCCUCAUUCUUCAGUAAUAUGCAAUCACAGAGUUAUAGAAAUGCUUGCGUGUCAAGAAAAUAUGUCAUGGAAUAGUUUGUGUGUUUUCUUUUUGCCUUGAAAAUGGCCGCAGCUCACACCAAAGACUUAGAACAGAAGUUGCUCACACCAAAGAGCGCCGCGGCCAUGCUAAACUUGGUGUGUAUUUAAAUCGGCCAUUUCCGAGGCGAAUAUACUCUCGUAAAGAGUACUUUGCGGGAUAUAAUGAUGAUAAUAAUAGUAAUACUAAUAAUAAUAAUAAUAAUAAUAAUAAUAAUAAUAAUAAUAAUAAUAAUAAUAAUAAUAAUAAUAAUAAAUAACAUUAUUUCCAUUUUUCAUAUUUUUAUUUGAUGUAUACAUAAGAGGUUUAAUACCGGAAUGGAGCUGAUUUCGCAGAUCUAUAGGCCUACUAUAUGGCAGACUGGAAACCAAAGAUUUAAGAUGUAUUUGCUGCAAGGAACUCAUAAAUGUUCAUGUUUUAGCACACCUAUUAUCCGUAUAAUUGGAAUUGGUUAAUCAUUGAUGUUAGAAACAUUCCACUUAAUAAAUCUAAUGUUAAGUAUUACUUUUGCAAGCAUUUCUUUUCAUUAACUAUUUUUUGGCCUAUGUAAAAUUUGCAUAAGCCUAUGUUUGCUCCUGAAUACUGCUAUGCAGUACAUUAUUUUGAUGUAGUUGUUUUCGUGUAUAGGAAAGCACCUCAAGAGUAUUAUAGUAGAGUAAGUUUAUUUUUAAGUUAGCUUUGGGCCUGUUGAUUUUUUGUUUUAGUUUUGAAAACUGCUAACAUUUUUUGUCUAAAUAUAAUAAAUGAAAUGAAAUAAAA